CUGGGGGACCAGGCCUGAACCCAAGGAUCCAAUUCCCAUACAAGACAUUUCUGAAAAGAAAACAUCCCAGAAGGCAACACUGGAAAGAUUCACAAAGGAUGGUAUCUGGUACUCUAAAUUAGUCUGGGUAUUGAGUCCUAUUUGUCUCAUAAAAGGAGCUUGAUAGAAUCCAUUCUUUCUCCAUCACUGAAAACAAGUAAUAUAGUACAUAUUAGCCUAGUGGAUCCAGUGAAGAAUGUCCAAAGAUUCUCCUGCACUUUAUUCCCCCGCCCCCCCCCCUCCCCCCCGUAUCUAGGGCGCUAGAAGAAAUGGAUGCUGCCGGUUUGGACUUUUCAUUAUGUAUUUCACGCCUCACUUUCCGGCCAUUUAUAACAAUGUUAAAUGUCAAAUCCUAUCCGUGGGUACUGCAGCAUUAACAUUUUUUCAUUCAAAAGAGUCCAAUAUUUCAACUUUUUCCUAUAUUUUUAAACCAGUUCCCUCUCCACCCCAACAUAUUUUAUCCUUCGAAUUAGUAAUCCUUUAUAUUUUUGAAACUAAUCUCUGACGAGGAAACUGAAAUUUUUUUAAAGUCCAAAUGAAUCAAUUCAAUUCAGCAUUUAUUAAACACCUAUGCAAAGCGCUGAGGAUACAAAGAAACAAGUUCCCGCCUUCAAGGAAUUUGCAUUCCGUGGAGAGGACCAGCAAAUAUAGGAGUGAACUUGAACCUGGAAAAUUGGUGAGACCUAGUGGGGCAAGUUCAAGGCUUUCCAAGAAGUAUUUGAGCCGCGCCUUAAAGCGGUCACACUGAAGAAGAAUAGCUAGGCACUGCUCUUUUUUCUGAUACCCUAACUCUUGUUACAGCCGUGCUGUGGGUAAAGAGAUACGGUUAGUCUUCUUGGUCCUGGGGAAGAAUUGAACUUGGCGGGGCUUGUUAACUGGAUACACCUUUGGGUGACCAGCCCUUAGAAUCCUUGGCAAAAAAGAGAGGGUGUUCCCCGUGUCCUUCUGGGAAUUGUAGUACUGAGGCUGUCUGGGCGCAGGCGCACUCCCAAGCCGGGCCUGAAGAUGCGUGCGCAGUAUCAACGCCAUCAUUGAUUCUUUGGCCCAGAACCAGCUACUUAUCGGAGAUCAGGCCAGACCCAGGACGGAGUUCCAGCAGCCUCACAAAAUAACUGCUGGUGUCUGGCCUGGAAUACCAGCAGGAGGAUUCUCUACAGAGGAGCUAGGAGAUCUCAGCUCCAGAGUGAAGUUUCCAGAUAAAGUAACUUUCCUUCUGAGGGUCCUGGCUUAUAGGAUCUGUUCAGUCCAGAAGCAUUCCUGAAGCAGACGCAAAUGGGAGACCUCUAGCCAGACAUUCAGAAAGGAGAAGAUCCUGGAGAAGCUGAUGCUUGAACAUUUCCUGAUCAUUCUGCUUGAGUAAAUGGGAUCAGAGUGAUACUAGAUAUCCAGAUAUCCCCUAGGAGUGAGUGACCUCGGCAGAUUUGACCCAAAUGCCUGGGGAGAGAGGAAUGGUUUUGGGAAGGAGUCAAAGUUCUUCCUUUUAAAAAAUCUGCUGUUGCCCAAUUGCUGGGCCUUGAUGAACUAGAAAUGACUUCUGUGCUUCUGGCAGCCAGAUCCCAGACUCGUCCUUGACUGGAGCAUUCUGCACUGGAAAUGGCUUGCUGAAUGAGUGACUGGAGCUGAAGGAGGAGGCUUGUGUUGGUAGACUUCUGACUGAAGACUACCAGGACUUCCACGUGGAGAUUGGGACUUGAGGGAUCUCUUGCUGGAAUCUUUAACAUUCAAGGAUGUGGCUGUGGACUUUACUCAGGAAGAGUGGAGGCAACUGGACCCUGGUCAGAGGUACUUGUACAGGGAUGUAAUGCUGGAGAACUAUAGCAAUCUGGUCUCUUUGGGACAUCAAAUUUCCAAACCUGAUGUGAUCUCCCAGUUGGAGCAAGGAGAAGAGCCUUGGCUAGUAAAGGGAGAAAUUCCAAGGGAUACCUUCCCAGAUUGGGAGACAAUGCCUGAAAUCAACACAUCAACUCCAAAGCAAACUCUUUCUGAACAGCAAUCAUCCCAGGAGGUGACAAUGGAGAGAUUUGCAAGGAAUUUUUUCUGUUACUCUAAUCAAGAACAAGCCUGGGAAUCUUACGAUCAAAAUGGGAAACAGCAAAGAAUUCCAGAGAGACAUUUGAGACAAAUGAUGAUUCCCCAGAAGAAAAUGCUCUCUGUGAUGAGGGACCCUCAGUAUAAUGUGUAUAGUCUGAGUUCAGUCCUUGUUAAAGAAGAGAGUGUUUCUAGAAAAGAGAGAUAUCCUGAAUGUGAUAUAUAUGAAAAAACCUUCAAAUGUAAUUCAUAUUUAAUUAAACAUCAGAAAAUCUCUGCAGCAAAGAAACCUUUUGAAUGUAAUGAAUGUGGCAAAACUUUCACUAAAAAUGCACUCCUCCGGCAGCAUCAAGUAAUACAUACUGGAGAGAAACCUUAUAAAUGUAAUGAAUGUGAGAAGGCUUUCAGUAAAGGUGCACUCCUUAUUCAGCAUCAGAGAGUCCAUACUGGAGAGAAACCUUAUAAAUGUAAUGACUGUGAAAAAGCUUUCAGUAAGGCUGCACUCCUUAUGCAACAUCAAAGAGUUCAUACUGGAGAAAAACCCUAUAUGUGCAAUGAAUGUGGGAAAGCCUUUAGUCAGAGCAUAUGCCUUACUCGCCAUAAGAGGAUUCACACUGGAGAAAAGCCCUAUGAAUGUAAUGAAUGUGGAAAGACUUUUAGAUUACGUGGACACCUUACUCAGCAUCAAAGAAUUCAUACUGGAGAAAAACCAUAUAAAUGUAGUGAGUGUGGGAAAACUUUCAGUCAAAGUACAGAUCGUACUCAACAUGAGAGAAUUCAUACUGGAGAGAAACCUUAUAAAUGUAUUGAAUGUGGGAAAACCUUCAUUCAGAGUACACACUUGACUCAGCAUCAGAGAAUCCAUACUGGAGAAAAACCCUAUGAAUGUAGUGAAUGUGGAAAAGCAUUUUGUGAUAGGUCAUCUUUUACUAAACAUCAAAGGAUUCACACUGGAGAGAAACCCUAUGAAUGUACUGAAUGUGGGAAAGCCUUUAUUAGAAGUUCAGACCUUAUUCAACAUCAUAGAACUCACACUGGGGAGAAACCAUAUGAAUGUAAUGCAUGUGGGAAAGCUUUCAGCCUACAUGUACACCUUACUCGACAUCAGAGAAUCCAUACUGGAGAGAAACCCUAUAAAUGUAAUCAAUGUGGGAAUGCCUUUAGGCAUAGUUCAGCCCUGGCCAGACACCUGAGACUUCAUAGUGGAGAAUAAUCUUAAGAUUAUUAUUUUUUUUUUAGGCUUACCCUUAUUCAAAUACUGUAUAGUCACAAUAUCACAUAAGUUGCCAGUUAUUAUUACUUUACUUGGAAUAUUUGAAAUGAAAAAAUAUGCUUCUUUUCUCUUCAGCUGUAUUUUUUCCUUCUCAAUAAUAAAGGCUAGCACCUACAAAGGAGUGGGGUCAGUUCACCCCAAAGCAAUUCAUUUGAGUAAUUUGUCUAAUGAUUAAUUCACUCAAUACCAAUUUUACAAGAGGAAUAAACAUUUUAAUGUUUUCUUUUAAAAUUACCUGUUUUGUAAGGAAAUUUUAAAGUUUGUAUUAAUUGUUUUUAAAAUUUGUAUUAAUUGUUUUUAUUAAUGAAAUAAAAGUGAUUCAUCAAUAAACCUAAUAGGGUUAGGAAGGUUGACCAUUGUUCUUAAGUGAAUUGGCUAGCUUUCCUUUACAAUAUAAUUGUGGGAAAAUGUAAUUGGAAAGUUUUCCUAUGUGGAUUAUCAGGCAAUAACUACUAAAUUCUAGUGUCUUCAAAAGAAGAGAAAUAACUUUUUUUAAAAACCCUUCUGUCUUAGAAUCUAUAUGGAAUAUCCGUUCCAAAUCAGAAGAGUGUUAAGGGCAAGGCAACUUGGGUUAAUUAACUUGCCCAGAGCCACACAGCUUGGAAGUAUCUGAGGGUAGAUUUGAACCCAGGACCUCCGAUCUCUAGGCCUGAUGCUCUAUCCACUGAGCAACCUAGCUUACCAAUAACUUUAUUUUUAAAAUAGAAAUCCUUUUUUUUUGUCAUAAUAGUUCAUGAAAACAUCUAUUGAAAUAUUGGAGGAGUUUUAAGGAGCAUUAGGGAAGGGAAUACACAUACCAUAUUCUUUUAUGACUAUUCACUUCCUUGAAGUAUUUUUCUUAAUCUUUGCAAUAAAAAAUAAACUUAAGAAAAGUUUCAGAACAGAAGAAAUGAACAAAUACAGGUAGCUUUCCAAGCUAAUGAAGUUUAUAUUACUGAAAAAUAUAAUUUAAAAUGAAGUAAUAUAAUACCCAUCUGAUUUUCACAUGGAAACAAUUUUGUAAGAGGAGUCACAUUCCUUAUCUGGGGCCUAAUGCCUAAUUUUCUUAAAAAUAUCAGCAAACAAUUUUAAAAAACUAACUCUAAAUGGUUUAUCUGUGUGAUUUCAAACCUUCUAAAGUAUAGAUGGAAGUUGAUUUAGCAGGAAAACAUUAACAAAUAAAAAAAUCAUGAUGUAACAUUGUUGUUUUCAUAAUUACUGCCUUAUUUUGUACUAUAGGAAAAGUAAAAAUAAAGGAAAAUCUUUUUCAGGAUUGUGAAAUUGGAAA